GUCGCCACGCCCAGGCCAAUGAGCUUGCGGGAGCCGCGAUGGAGGCUGGGUGCCCAGGAGGGCCGGGACCCUCGCAUACCUGCUGCCGCUGGGCCGGAGAGGGGGAAGAGGCGCGGCGCCUGUGCGGGGCAUGGAGGCGCCUCUGGCCCGCGCCGCCGCCGCCGCGCCUCAAAGUUUGCCGACUGACUCAGAAAGUUGCGCCCCGGAUCGGCCGCCGCGCUGCGUCGCAUCUCCGGGCCGGGCCCAGCUCGCCGCCGCCGCCCUGUGCGGGGCCCCGGCCCCGCAGACACCCGCAGCCCCGCCUGCUGGGGGCAUGUGAGCCGCAGCCUCCCCCAGAGCCGGCGGGCGACACCGGCCCGGCGCCUCGGAGGCAGCGCGCGGGCCGCCAUGGGCAUCCAGGGCAUGGAGCUGUGCGCCAUGGCCGUGGUGGUGCUGCUGUUCAUCGCCGUGCUCAAGCAGUUCGGCAUCCUGGAGCCCAUCUCCAUGGAAGAUAGCAGCGACAGUGAGCUGGAGCUGUCCAUGGUGCGCCACCAGCCAGAGGGGCUGGAGCAGCUGCAGGCACAGACCAAGUUCACCAAGAUGGAGCUGCAGUCCCUCUAUAGGGGCUUCAAGAAUGAGUGUCCCUCGGGCCUGGUGGAUGAAGACACCUUCAAGCUCAUUUACGCACAGUUCUUCCCUCAGGGAGAUGCCACCACCUAUGCACACUUCCUCUUCAACGCCUUCGACGCGGACAGGAAUGGGGCCAUCUGCUUCGAGGACUUCGUGGUUGGCCUCUCCAUCCUCCUGCGAGGUACAGUCCAGGAGAAGCUCAAGUGGGCCUUCAACCUCUACGACAUUAACAAGGACGGCUACAUCACCAAAGAGGAGAUGCUGGCCAUCAUGAAGUCCAUCUAUGACAUGAUGGGCCGGCACACCUACCCCCUCCUGCGGGAGGACGCGCCCCUGGAGCACGUGGAGAGGUUCUUCCAGAAAAUGGACCGGAAUCAGGACGGGGUAGUGACCAUUGAUGAGUUCCUGGAGACCUGUCAGAAGGACGAGAACAUCAUGAACUCCAUGCAGCUGUUCGAGAACGUCAUCUAGGACACACGGAGGAUCCUCAAUGGCCAUCGUCACCACCUCAAUCCUGCCAGGAACAGCCUCCAUGAGAAAUGUUUUUCUAAUAUAUUUGCAAAAAGUGAACAGUUUGCCACACACCACACACACACACACACACACACACACACACACACGUGUGUGCACCAUUCCUCUGGGCUAGGUGGGGGAGGGGUGCUGCUUCUGGUUGGGAGCUGGGUCCAGGAGAUUUGAGCUACCCCCCAGCCAGCCCACCCCAGGCCAGCAGAGUGAGGCUGCCUACGCAGUGGGCAGAGAGGAGAGCAGUGUCUGCAGCCAUUGGCUGCUGGGUGUACGCAGGCUCGUCUCCAGAGUGAAGGCCCCUCGCUCCUGCUUCCCUUCUUUGCCUCCACCAUGGGCCAGACUCUGGUCUUCUUGUCUCCCAGCCAUUCCCAGCCCACUGACCACACUCCCACAAUGCACCUCACCACAGAACCCUGAGGGACAGCCAGGGUAAAGGUGUUCGGACUAGGAAAGAAGCAAUGGAGGCAGAGCCUGCUGCUUCCUGGAAAGGUUUCCUGGCGAGCUCUGUCGCGAGGAUGAGGGGCCAUCCCUGCUGUCCCUCCAUCAUAGAAAGGGGCCCCUUUAAGCUCAGGGUUGGGUUUCCCGGGGAAGAAUGCGAGGAGACUGCGGACCCCACGAGAUGGGAGAAGCCCUCUACUUGCCCAGGCCUGGCUCAGUGGGGACAGUGGUGGUGCUGCCCCCACCUCUCAGGCUCUAAACUGUUCGCCCCAAGUCACCGCAGGUUCCAAGAAGAGGCCAUGUGGCUCAGGGACUGGCCGCCCAGGAGCCUGGGUGGCCAUCCAGCCCAGGAAGGGCUUCUCGGUCCCUUGUCCCUCAGCCUCCAUCUCCCUUGGCCCAGCAGUUUGGUUGAGCUCCCCUCCAGUUGGGGUCCUGAAGCAGUGUUGGCAACCUCCACAGGGGCUCACCCCAACCCCUUACAAAAAGCACAAGCAGCCCCAGAGCUCAGGGGGAGCCCACGAGGAGCUGAAGACACUGCUUUUCCGAGACGAGGCCCUCCCGGUGGGCUGAGCCUGGCUCAGGGAGGUGGCCCGCAGGUGGCCCAGGGAAGGAAGUGGGGGUCUGUUCUGUGACUCAGAUGGGGCUCAAGCCCGUCCUCAGCCCAGCUCACCAACAUUCAAAAGCACAAACCCCGGACUUAGCUUGGCUGGGUUCUGCUCUGGGGUGGUGCCAGUGUCCACCUGAGGCCAGAGACAGCAGCGAGAGCUGGGGCCUGAGGUCGGUGGGAGGCCCACAGGGGCCUCCAGGACACACAGAGGGGUGACUGCUUCUGCCUGGCCAGGCAGCAGGGACUUCCGAGGCACAUUCCCAAACAUACAUUCCAUCGGCUGCCAUCCCGCCUCUGCUCGGCCUGGCCCAGGGUGAGCAGGGCCUUUAAGAGAGGGUGGGAUGGCGGAGGUCAUGGAGACUGGUCUGGUUCGGGCAUGGGGACUCCUGGGCACCACAGGUGGUCCUCCCCUUGGAGUUGCACUGACACCCAUCUCCAGUCUGACUGGGGGUCCCUCUCUUCCUCCAGGAGGCAUCAGCUUUCCCUGGCUCAGGGAUCUUUCACCCCAACCCCUGACCUGCCCCCAGCCCAGCCCCCCAGCUGGUGUAGCUCUGCUUCUCAGGGACCAGGUCGUCAGAGAGGGUCACACCAUCCCUCUGCCCCCCUUGGCCUCAGCCAGACUGGCUGCCAGGAGAGGCGUCUCCCAUGCUGGGAUGAGGACUGGCCGCAUGUCUGCAUGGCAGAAGCGUCUCCCCUGGGCACACCUGGGAGGGUGGCACCUGUUCUCAGCGCCCACCAACAUCAGUCCUGUAUAUUUUAAUAAAAUAAACUUGACAAAGGA